AUGCCUAGAAAAGCAACUUUACUAAAAUCACUAUCAAGAGGCCGUAUCCGUGCCUCUUUCAAUAAAUGGAAUUUAUUUAAUUUAUACAAAAAGGGUCAAGUUGACUUUAAGGGUAAAACUUUGUACCAACAGAAAUGGACUGCUAAACAAGAAACAAGGGCUUAUCACGGCGAAUACUUAACUGAAAGUAGAUGGUUAGCAAGUUUUAAUCCCAAAUUGGACAGUGUUGCCCAAUUGGAUGCAUCUUUAAAGAAAGGUGGCCAAGAUGAGUUGGAUCCUACACCAUAUUUAAUGCAAACCUAUGCUUCUUUAGAAAAAAGAUUAGAUUUUGCUGUUUUUAGAAGUAUGUUUGCUUCUUCUGUUAGACAAGCCCGCCAAUUUAUUUUACAUGGUAACACCUUUGUUAAUGGUAUUAAAAUUAAACAUCCAGGAUAUAUUUUAAAACCAGGUGACGUUUUCCAUGUAAAGCCUGAAAAAGUCUUACAAGCGUUAGGUGCUAAAAAGCCAAGUUUGGAAAAUAGUUUGAAAAUCGAUAAAAUCCAAGUUGAAAAAUGGAACCAUUAUGUUACUAAACUACAAGAAAACCCUCGAGAAGAAUGGGAAAAGAAAAUGGAAUUUUAUUCUGGUUUGGAGAAUCAUGAUCCAAAAAAAACCAUUUUUUUAGAAUUGGUUGAGAAAUAUAAUCAAGAUUUGGAGACAAGAGUUAUAAAAGAACGUAAAACUGCUAAUGAAGAGACUAUUUUAAAUAAAAUUUUAACUUGCUACAUUAAAGCUACACCUGAAAAAAAAGAGAUUUUGAAGAGUGAAGAUUUUAUGCCAUAUUUUUUUGAUAACAAGGAUUUAAGUAUCAUGGCUGUUAAAAUAUACCAACAAAUCUUAGGCUCAGCCAAAAUUUUAGAUACCUUAAAAAAAAACGAAGAGGAAUCAAAUGUAGCCAAAAUUUUAUUCAAGUCAGAAGAAGAAAUUGAUAAAAAAAAUAUCAGGGAAAUAAAGACUUUGUGCCAAGAGCUCAAACCAACAUAUUUUGAUGCUUUGGAAAAUUAUUUCAAAAUUAACAAGGCUAGUUCUAAGACUGGUUUACCAUAUGAUCCAGUAUGGGCAUCUAGUUUAAAUAAACUAGAACCAAUUGUUCCAGCAGACUUAGUGGAGGACGAAAAGAAAGCUAUUUCUUUAAUUCAGUUACCAUGGCAAUCUGGCCCAUAUGGCCGCGCUGAUCCAAAAAAACCAUAUUUCACACCAUGGACACCAAGACCAUUUUUGGCUCCUUUUGCUGUUUUACCGCACCACAUCGAAAUUUCCUUUAAAACUUGCCACGCUAUCUAUUUGAGAGAUCCAGUUGCCCGUCCAGGCCAUUCAGAAGUCAUUUCUCCAUAUGCCUUACCUGUUCACGAGCGUGCCUACAUGUAUUAUAAUAGAAAAGGUAAAUAG